AUGAAUUUUCUCCAGCCUUUCAAUUAUUGCUUGUAUCCAUAUAGGCAUCCUUAUUAUUAUAAUUUGUAUGCGGAUAACAUUCAUGAAUAGAAUUCAUCGACUGCAACAUACAAGUCAGAAGUGAUAUCAUGGCUCGCUACACUGGAAUAAUCCGAAUUGUAUAAGCUAUUUCAGAUUAAAGGAUAAAUAAAAACCUUUCCAAUAAUGAAAAUGUACAUCUAUGACAAACUAAAUAACCCUUCAAUUUAUGCACUACUUCAAAAAAAAACAAUUAAUUUGGAGUCUAAAAUUGAUGAUUAGUUCAUGAUGAAUUUUAAAGCAGUCCAUCCCAAAGCAGAAGAAUUAUAUUCGAAAUUGAAUAUCGUUGACGAUGAAAAUUUUAUGGAUACUAUUUUCGUUGCUGAACCACAUUUGGAAAAUUUAAACUCAUUUUUGGAUUUAUUGCAGGACCUUUCUGAUAAAUAUUUUCUAUCCACAUUCCCAAAAACCUCAUUAGAAAAAGCAGAAGACCCUAUUUGGUUUCAUCAGAACAGUUUUCAUAGUUGCACAGUCUGGAUCAUCAAGGAAUUUGAAAAAAAUAUUUCAUUCCAUUACAAUCUUCACAGAGAGAAAAAGAAAAAACAGAGACUCUUUAGAGAGCCUAUCUAUAAAAAUACCUCAAGCGAACUAAAGGAAUUCUUUUUAUAAAAUCUAGCCAAUAAUAAGGAAAGAUUAACCUACUAUUUCUAGGAAAUAUAUUCAGAAAUUAAAUAGCAACCUGAUCGUUUGGAAAAUAGAUUUUACGAAAACAUAUUCUCAGGCACAGCCAUCAAAUUAUUGAAAUCACAAGUUGAAUUACUGUUUAAUUUUUAACUAAAAUGUCACACAGAUACAAAUAUCAUUAAUACUAUGCUAAUUUCAUCUAUGAAUGACUUAGUUGAUUAGAAAACCUACAUUUUAAAGAAGUUUUACAAAAUAGUCUAACAAUUAUUUUAAGAACAUUUAGAAUAAGAAUUAUUUAAAACUGAAAAUUUAGAUAAAAAACAAAAAAAAGAUAAAAAAAAGAAGAAAAAGAAAUUCUAAAAAAUGUUAACAUUUAAAGGACUAGAUCCAAUUGAAUUAGAUAAAAGAUUGUCAAGCAAAAAUCUUUAAGAAUCAAACAUAUUAAGGUUUUAAAGAUCCUAUUCACAAAGCAACCUAACUUAUACCUAUGUUACACCUCCAAACACCCCAUCAGCUUAGGAAAUUAGCGAUGAUUUAAAUGAAUCCAACAAGUCUUCAAACACAUAGCAAUAAUCUUAUAAAGUUUAAUGUUUCAAAAAUUUAAAGACUAAUCUAAAAUAAACUGAAUAGUAAUCCAUCUCUUAAUAAUUUAUCACAGAUUCCGAUAUUCCAAUACAUGAUGACUAUAUUGAUGUUGGUCAAACAAUUACAAUUCACAUUUUAGAGAUUGCAAAUAUAUCUCUAAAUGAUGAAAAUUCAUUUAAGGAAUAAUUUUUGAAAGAGUAAAAAAGAAUGAAAAAAAAGUAAAAAGGAUAUUAAGAAUCAAUACCAGAAAGCAGAGAUGAACAAUUAUAAUUAUAAUCGCCUUAAUCCGAAAUCACCAGAUUUUCAAUUGAAACUCAAGCAUAAACAAUUAAAAGUCAUUGUUCUAAUAGAACUUCUUCUACAUCAGAAGAAGAAGAAACAAAAUAGAAAAAAAAUUAGAUGAAAAAUUCAAUUAAAAUUAAAAAAAACAAUAAUGAAAAAUAAAAAAAUAUAACGAAAUUGAUUAGUUCAUUCAAAAGGAAUCAGUUUGAGGACUCAUAAUGUCAAUAAGAUAUUAAUUCAAUUUCAAAUGAAAGUGAAUAGAUUUCUCAAAACACUUUAGAGGAUGAAAUCACUCAUUCAAUUUAAAAGAAAAAUUAGCAAAUCGACAAGAAAAAGAAUCUAAGCAUAAAGCCAUAAAGUUCAGAAAAAAGCUUGAAAGAGUAAUUAGAAAAUGUAUAAUAAAAGGGAAAAUAAAAAUUGAUUGAAUAAAUCAAUUUAGACAUUCUUGAUUUCACUGAUAAUAUUAUGAGUGAAUACGAAAACAUGCUCCCAUUUAGACUUUUGGCUUUUGACAGAGUUAAAUCAGUAAUUUAGAAAGUGUUCUUAGGUAUUCCUGAUGGAAUGAUUAUGCUCUUUGGCUCAUGUGCGACAGGAUUAGCUUUAAUAGAUUCGGAUAUCGAUAUUGGGAUCAAUGGUUUAGAAGUCUAUAAUAGGAAUAUGUUAAAAAGUCAUUUUGAUAACUUAUUUUUUGAGUUUACUAGAAAAAAGUGGGUGGUCAAGGCAAAUCCAAUAUUUAAUUCAGCUGUUCCAAUUAUCAAAUUAGAAAUAGAUCCAUAGAUUAACAUAUUUGAAUAUGAAGGAAGGAACUUGGACGAUUAACAAAUUCAAUUGUGGAAAAAGCUAAAGCAGAAAUUAAAGAGUGGUAUAAAGGUUGACAUCUCUUUUAAUUUUAAUGGGAAUGGCAAUUAUCCUACUCAUAUUGGUUCAAUAACUACUGAUUUGGUUAAAAAGUGGAUGGAAGAAUACCCAUCUUUAUAAUAGAUUGUACUCAUUUUAAAAUCUAUGAUUAAAAAGCUUAAGCUCUCUGAAUCAUAUACAGGAGGGUUAUCCUCCUACUCAUUAAUAAUUAUGGUUUACUCUUACAUGAGAGAAUAGAGAAUUACUUCUAAUUUAAUCAGCGAACAAUUUAUUGACUUGCUUAACUUUUACAUAAAAUUCUUCGAUUCCUCUUCUACUGGAAUAGGUCUGCUGGCAAAUAUUAAUGAUCCCAAUUCUAGUUAUUUUUUUAAUUUAUAAGACUAUUGCUUGCCUGCUUUGCCGAUUACGAUAUUUAAUCCAUACAAUAGAAAAUUACUUACUCAUUCUUGUGUCCAAAUUAACAAGAUAUUUGAUUUCUUUAAAUUAAUUUUAAAGGAAUUAGAUGCAAAAUAAGAUUUUUAUUGUAACUAUGUAGUGUUAGGAAAGAAGAAACAAUAAAAAUUAAAUAAAUCGUUAGAGAAUUUUAUUGUUAGCAUUUUAGAAUAAAUAAAAUGA